AUGGUUAAGGAAAUUUCGAGUGCCGAGGAGUUCAAGAAGGCCAUUAGUGUCGACAAGUUGGUGGUUGUUGACUUUUAUGCUACGUGGUGUGGGCCUUGUAAGAUGAUUGCGCCAAUGCUUGAGAAGUUCGACACCAAUUAUGAGGAUGCUGAUUUCUACAAGGUUGAUGUUGAUGCGUUGUCAGACGUUGCUCAGGAGCAGCAAAUUACUUCGAUGCCCACGUUAAUCUACUAUAAAAAUGGUGAGCAGGUUUCCAAGGUGAUUGGAGCUGACGUUGCGUUGAUCAGAAGCAAUAUUACCAAGUUUUUAUAG